UAUGUCAAUCUUUGUCGUCUAUAUGUAAUUUUUAGAAGAAAUAAAAGAGAGUUUAUUUAUUAUCAUUUUGACUUAAUGUUAAUAGAAUUUUUCAUUAAAUAUUUAAUGAUAUAUUCUUUCGUGUAAAUGCAACUACAGCGCCUCUCUCGUCUAUAUUAAAAUUAACAAUACAGUAAGGAUCGAAUAUUUUGCAAAGUAAAUAUGAAAUAAUUGCUUGAUUAAUUUUACGCGAACGAGUUCUUACGAAGUUAAUAUUAUUUAAUAUUCUUAUAUCGCUGGCAAUAUUACAAUUAAUCGUUGUUUAAAGAAAAUGGCCGAGAGUAAUAACAAAAUGUCAAAGGAUGUUUCCUCUGUGUCAGAAGAUACCGAUGAAAAAACGACAGAUAUUAGUCGUUACUUUAAUAAUGCACCACGUACGAUUUUUGACGAUAUCGUGGCACCGAAUGAACAAAACUAUUUUAAUACUGUAUCAGACUCUGAGGAUGUUUCAAGGUUUAAUUCACUUUUAAAUUGUGCAACGAAUGAUUUGUUUUCUGUAGAUACUUUAUUAGAUAAUGAUCGAAUCUCAGAUCAUACGACGCACAAUAAUUUAUAUAGAGAUACUUGGAUACCAUCGGAACGUACUCGUAAAAUUUUACGAUCCAUUGCUACAUCCACAGUAGGUACUACUUUUCUCGAGAGAGACAAUUUAACAAUGCCAGGAUUGGCGUUGCAAGGAGAUAUGCCUGAUUUAAUAAAAACUGCUGUCACCCAUUUUCUUGGGGAAGAUGAAGAGAUGCAAAGAAAUGUACUUACCGCCUCAGAUGUCACACAAGACGAACGUGGAUUGAGAAAAUUAAUACAAACUGGUUGUUAUAGAGCUGCCAUUAAUUUAUCUGGAAGACUUAUUUCCAUUUAUGCUCAAGGUUAUGGAAAAAUAAAUCAAUCAAGUAAACAUACUCCACAUUCUUUAUAUUUAUGGUAUACGAGACUUUCCUUAUUAGCAAAGUUAAAACAAAAUGAAUUAUUAGAAAAAGAAUCUAAGCCAUUUGGUGAUUUGGAUAAGCCAGACAUGUAUUUUACAUUUUAUCCAGAAUUAUAUGGUACUAAACCAGGUUCCAUGGCUUCAUUUGCCUUUAGAUUACUUUUAGCAGAAGUCCCGUAUUAUUAUGGGAAACCAAAGGAAGCAUUAGAUAAACUACAUAAAGUUUUAAGCGUUGUCAAUGAAAUUUUGUCAAAUUUACAAGCUGACCUUAUCAGGGAAGCUAAUGAUACCAAUGUUACUAAUACAGAACAGAAAGAUGCUAUUAAAUUAUGGUCACGCAGAAAAUCAAGAGUAUUAAUAUCUAUCAUUAACUGUGCAGUUGGAAUGAAAAAUUACAUUUUGGCAGUAGAUAUAUUAGAAGAAUUAAGCAAAUCUCAUGAUUGGACGACAGAGCAAUUACAAAUAUUUCGAUCUAGCAUAGGAAGAAUAUAUUUGUUUCUUGGGGAUGUCUCUACAGCUGAGAUAUUAUUAAAUAAUAGAAUUAUUCAGACAACUACAACUACUGUUAGAGAAUUGGUAGAUAGAGGCUUAAUAGCAGUCGCAAAAAAUUCAUUUCAAGAAGCAUUUAAUUAUUUUCAAACUGCAUCUACUAUGGAUCCCUCUAAUGUUAUGCUGAUAAAUAAUAUGGCUGUUUGUCUUCUAUAUACUGGUCAGCUUAAAGCUGCUGUACAUUUGUAUGAAAAUGCAGUGGCAAGAAAUCCUAUGAAAAGCUUACAAGAACCAAUUUUGUUGAAUAUGUGUACUUCCUACGAGUUACAUACAAAUCAUUGUAAACAGACCAAAUUACAUUUACUUCGACAGCUAAAUAAAUAUAAAGGAGACGCUAUUGAUAUCCAGUGUUUAAAACUUGGUAUGUAGUUAAUACGAAAGAAGAAGUUUCUUAUGAAAAUUUAAUUAGCAUAAAAUGGCAACCAACGAGAUAUUUAAUAUAAAACAGUAUGUAUAUAUAUACACUGUAUAUUUUAGAAUAACUCUAUCUCCUGGACAAAUUGUCUUGGAAAAAUAAACAUUGUUUCACAAGAUCAUAAUGUGGUCGUGAAUAUAAUACAUUAAGUUUAAUUUUAAAUGGACAUUAAAAAUGUCUUAUCAAUUGUACAGAAACGUAUAUGAGAAUAAAAUCUAAUGGUCAUUUGAA